GCUCGCUCAUUCUCCCCGCCGCUCUCCUAGCCGUUAUUUGACCAGAGGGAAGCACAGCGAACGGGAGCAGAGCUCAGUCUCCCCAACUGCCCCUCGUCUGGCCCGCCGCUCUCCUGGCGUUUCCGCAUCACGCCCGCCUCCUCCUCUCCCCCCCCCCCCCCCCCGGAGGAGCACGCUCCUCGACCCCGCUAUCGCCUGACUUUGUCCGGUCUUCGUCUCUUCCACCCGCCUCUCUGGGAUAUAUAUCGCCGGGACGUGGGACGGCGAGCGCCCGCGUGAGCGUGAGAGUGAGCGUGAGAGUGAGAGUGCACGCUCGCCCAGUGCCAUGCGCCCCGCUGGCCACCUUGUGACUCACGCCAGGGAUACAGCAUGAGGGGAGGCCAUCACCCGCGGGGCUGCGCCUGCCACCAUCUCUUCCGGAAAGUGCUGCUGAAGUGUGGCUGCUGCUACGCCAGGGUCAGAGAGUCAUACUCUGUGGCGGGUAGCGAGGGCAGCAUCUCCACCUCUGUGGCCUCUCUGCCCCCCCAGGCCUCGGGGGGGUCCGCCCCCAGCUCUCCCGGAUCUCGACGUUCCGUCAGCACCCUCAAGAAAUGGCUGACCAACCCAGUGCGUAAGCUGAGUUCCAGCUCCGCCGGGGGGGGCAAGGGUGAGCGACAGGUCCGCCGAGUGGAGGGCAAGGCCCCGGCCCCCCCCUGUAAGGACUGUGGGGAGCGCUGUGCCGCUCCUCCCGUGACAGACCAAGAGCUGGAAUGGAAGAGCGGUCCGCUGCAUCCCGAAAGCUGCCCACAGGAGAUCCGUCUCUGUGAUGGUUACCUGUCCCAGCUAGUGCCAGUGGGAAGCUCCACAUCAUCAGUGCAGGACCACCUGCCCUCUAAUCGGUUAAGAGAAGAGGACAGCUUCGCCAUGAUGGAUGAUGCGUCCAGCCAAUCGUCAACCACUACAGACAGUGAGGAAGAGAGGAGGAGUGCUUUAGAGAAGAGCACCUAUGUACUGAAAGAGCUUGUUGAGACGGAGAAGCUCUAUGUGACUGAUCUGGGAUUCAUUGUGGAGGGCUACAGGGCCACCAUGAAUGACAAGGGAGUGCCAGAAGAUAUGAAGGGAAGGGACAAGAUCGUGUUUGGGAACAUCCACCAGAUAUUCGAUUGGCAUAAGGACUACUUCCUGGGGGAGCUGGGGAAGUGUGUAGAGGAACCUGAGAGGUUGGCGCAGCUCUUCAUCAAGCAUGAACGCCGGUUACACAUGUACGUGGUGUACUGUCAGAACAAGCCCAAAUCGGAGCACAUCGUCUCUGAAUACAUCGAUACCUACUUUGAAGAACUCAGACAGCAGCUGGGUCACCGGCUCCAGCUCAAUGACCUGCUCAUCAAGCCAGUGCAGAGGAUCAUGAAGUAUCAGCUUCUGCUCAAGGACUUCUUGAAGUACUACACCAAGGCUGGAAUGGACACUGCUGAGUUGGAGAAGGCAGUGGAGGUCAUGUGUUUCGUCCCCAAACGUUGCAACGAUAUGAUGAAUGUGGGAAGGCUCCAGGGGUUUGAGGGAAAGAUCACGGCACAAGGGAAGUUGCUCCAGCAGGACACAUUUAUGGUGACCGAGCAGGACAACAGCAUCCUGUCUCGGGCCAGGGAGAGGCGGGUUUUCCUGUUCGAGCAGCUUGUCAUCUUCAGUGAGCCCAUUGACAGAAAGAAGGGCUUCUCAUUGCCAGGAUAUAUCUUCAAAUACAGCAUCAAGGUCAGCUGCCUUGGCCUGGAGGCGUGUGAUGAGGCCGACACGUGCCGCUUCGUGCUGACAUCCCGCGGGACCAACGGCAGCGGCGUCCGCUUCACACUGCAGGCACCGACGCCCGAUAUCUGCAGAGCCUGGGUGCUCGAUGUCGGCCAGAUCCUUGAGACGCAGCGCAACUUCUUAAAUGCUCUGCAGUCACCCAUCGAGUACCAGCGGCGCGAGGGAAAGUCCAGCAGCCUGGGACGGGCCAUGCAGGCUCCAAUGGUGGCCGACCUUGCGCUGCGCCCCCACUCCUCUGCCUCCUUUGACCGCCAGCAGCUGCCCUACCUGCACGCCUACAACAGCUCACUGCCCUCCCUCCACAUGCCCAGCCAGGGGCCCCUAGAUGCAGUCGCACGGCAGCAGCCCACGCAUGACCAGCACCUCCCCUUGGCGUCUGGCACAUACAGCCAGAGCAUGGCUCCCAUCCAUAUCCACACACAACACUGUGGUCACUGCAACACACCCCAGGGCCACCCAGCUGUGUCCAAAGGGCUGUGCCAUCCUAAGGGACAUACUACACAGAGGGCCAGUGAGGACCAUGUGAAAGCCAUAGCGAGUGAGGCAGGGUGCUUCUCGCCCGGCCCGCUGGGGGUCCAGAGGCUCGGCAGCCUGGCAAAGCUGGACGAAGAUGAACUGUGAGCACAGAGACUCUGCACCUCCUCCUGCCCCCCCCCCAGCACCAAACUCCAUAGAGCGCGACGGUGCUGCGUCGUCUUAAUCUGCACGCCAUAGCUGAUGCGGUCGUUAGGCUGCAUCACUUUUUGCUGUUGCUCUUUUUGUCUUAUCUCUUCUUUCCUACCGGUUUUUACUCGUCAUCCUUCUGUUACAAACGACCCAGAAUGUUUAAGACUUUUUCCUUGUGUUUGUUUUUUCUCCCUUUUUAAUAAUGUUCCAGACCAAGGAAGGGAGGGGUGUCAAAUGUCCAUCAAGAAUGAGCAUUUCUCUCCCACAGUGAGAAUGGGCACCGUGUCGUGUCGACAAUUAAGGAUUUAGAUUAAGAUCGGUAUAUGCUGAAAACUGGGACGUUCCCGGAGACAGAUUUUAAAUUUUUUGUAUGCAUGUGUAACAGGCAGGAGAUCCUUAGCAUUUGCUGACCUCACUCUUCAAUGCCCUGCCAAGGAGGAACCUUCUUCCGUCAUGCAGCAGAUGUACUUCAUUCAGGAGAAGGUGCCACUGGAUUAGCUCCUUCAAGCAAACUCACAGUCAGUCAGAGAGGCAAGGAGAAGCCAGACUUUAAACAGGUCAAAUCCGGACAUCUUUAGCAGAUGGGAGCUUCUCGUACUUUUAAAGGACAUGGGCGAAGGCAAUGUUAUUGCCGAUUUAUUUUUACUUCUUGAUUUUUCCAAAACAAAGGUAUUCAUAGGUUGUGGAAAUGUCACGGGAUGUGAACGGUCCUUAUAAGGCCACCUAUGGAUGGUUUUUACAGAGACACUCCGCUUUGGGUCAGCUGAAGCCUGAUGCCCCCACCACCUCUCACAUGGAUACCAAAUCAGUGCCUGUGGUCCAAUUGGGUUUAGCUCACGGGGAAAAAAAAAUCACUCUUAACCUCUGUCUAUGUUUGCCUUGCAGUAUUGGUUUCUGUGAUCCCACCACUAGGUAGGAAUCGACUGAUCUGAUCAGUCAUUUUAAAACAUGACAAUCACCAUAACGACGGGGAAUUGCAGGUUUAAAUACCCAAAGGGAUCUGCAGCCUUGGCAGCUCAGGUGACACUGCUCAAAAUGCCACACAUUGGCAUAUAAAGGGUUUUUGCACAGGGUAUAAUCAGUUGAAUGUUUUACUGUAUCUUCAGCGAGGGAACCAAAGAACAUCUUGAAAUUCUGGCCAUGGUAACUCCUGCCCUUCUUGUGUAAUUCACUCCUCUGGAGUCGUCACUGCAGGCAAAGCUGCUCACCCUGCAAUGUGUCUGGUGUGAUUCUUCGGUACUGGUUUCAUACCUGGCCUCUUGGGGAGGCUUGAGUGCCCUAAGCUAUCUCGCUAAGCGGCCUGGACUCUCCAUACCGAUCCAGACCCUGAGGUCUUCUCCGCCCCCACUGAGGUUAUUUCACCCUUCUUAAUUUGCAUGCUUAUCAAAGACAAAAUACCAUACCAGGAAGUGAACAUACAGAAGGAGAGGAUGGGAGAUAGAUGAAACUGCCUGACCUAUGAGCAUUUGCCGUUGUAUCAUGUUUAAAUAAAACUUACCUUUUUGAAAACUCA